CAGGACUCAGAGAGGCUCUUGUUCCAGUGGCUACCCCCAUUAGGCUCUCCAGAUUGGGGCUGGACUCCAAAACAGGGCCUACAACCUCCAGGAACCACAAACAAAAAAGUCUCCAUAAUAAAAGAGAAAGGUGGAUUUCUACAUUUGCUUCGUGAAAAUAUAGUCCUCUUGAAUGACGAUAAGAUCAAGGACGUUUAUUGAAGUUUCUUCCCUCUAUUUGGAAUGGAAUAUCUGACUUUUCUCCACUUUAAUUUUGGAUUUUUAAAUCUUUAAUUUCGGAUUUUGUUAUUUUAUUACCAUUUCCUCCCUGGGAGUGCAGUCCUGAUCUACCUUUGGCUCUUCCAAGACUCUCCAUGUUCUAAUGGAAUGAGCAGUCCACAUGGCUCUCAAUUAGACACACACACACACCAGUCACACACAUGUUCACACAUUCACUCAAUCUCUACAGCAGACAGUGAUGGCUGGGUAUUGUGCAAUAGUUUUGGGCUAGUGCCCUUCAGUGGGUAGAACCCAAAGCAGGAGCUGUGUGUUUUGGGGGUGUUUUUUAUCAGCCAUCAAACUGUCGCUGGCAAGUGUUCACAACAUUUCUCUGUGCCACCCUUUGUCUCAUUGUCACCGCCAUUUAACAGUUUGACCAGAGAAUCAAAUGGAAAUGGCUGACCACCGAAACUCUAGCUUUCUUUGCCAGUCCUACCACCCACGAUGGCAAAUACAAUGUUCUGCUGUAAAAAAACGACGAAAACAAACCACAAAGCACAAAGCCAAAAACACAGAUGGCACAGUGAGGUCUGUGAUACAGGCCAUGCCAGUAAUACACAGCCAAAGCUGGUGGGGUAACUGGCUUCUCCUUCCUCUAGUCAUGUUAUCAUACUUGCCCUGUGUGGCCUGGGGCACCACCUUUAAAAUUGCCAUUGUAGGACCAUGGGCGUGUGACCCUAUGUACUCCAAAGCCCUGCCAGACCUGGCUGCACGAUUAGCCACCAGCCGCAUCAACAAAGACCCCGACCUCAAUAAAGGCUACUGGUAUGAUUACAUUCUCAUUAAUGAGGAUUGCACAAGCUCCAGAGGCCUGGCUCGCUUUGCCGAGCUGGAGGGUUAUGGUUCGGCUAUACUUGGACCUGCGAAUCCCGGCUACUGCACCUCUGCUGCAAUGCUGGCAAAGAAUUGGAACAAGGGCAUCCUGUCCUGGGCUUGCCUAAAGGCUGACAUGGAUGAGGGAAUGUAUCCCACGUUUCUACGGCCGCUCCCAUUGUCUUCUCGUGUGCUUUUCUCUGUGCUACGUUUUUUCCGCUGGGCACAUGUUGGGAUUAUAACAACGGAGAGUGACAUGUGGGAAGCAACAGGGCAUGAACUUGCAUCAUCCCUACGUGCUCUUGGUCUGCCAGUUGGCACUGUUGUUACCAUGGAAAUGGACAAGGACGGACCAAGGCGAGCCCUAAAAGCAAUACGGGAGGCAGAUCGUGUGAGGGUUGUCAUCAUGUGCAUGCACUCUGUUCUGAUCGGUGGAGAAGAACAGUAUCAGUUGCUAACCACAGCAAUGGACAUGAGAAUGAUUGACAGAGGAUAUAUCUUCAUUCCAUAUGACACACUGCUGUAUUCGUUGCCAUACAAAGACAUGAACUAUCCAAUCCUGGCCAAUGACACUAAACUGCGACGUGCGUACGAUGGGGUUUUAACAAUAACCAUGGACCAAGGGGAACAAAACUUCUAUGAGGCCUUUAAUGAAGCACAGGAAUCCUAUGACAUCCGGACCAGCACAUCAGCUGAACAGGUUUCUCCAUUUUUUGGAACCAUUUACAACAUGAUCUAUUACACAGCCAUGGCUGCAGAGCAAAGUCGAGCUGCUGGUGGAGGGCGCUGGGUAUCGGGUGAAGUACUGGCUCAGAACAAGGGUGGAUUUGAGUUUAAUGGUUUUAACCAGCGGAUAUCGUCAGGUACUAAUGGUGAGGGAAUGCAGGCACGCUACGUUGUCCUGGAUACAGAUGGCUCUGGGUCAAUCCUGCACUGUACACAUGCACUAGAAGCACCACACACGUAUGGGAAAUAUGGAGGGUUGAAGUACUUGGGGAAAUUAAUUCAUUUUGCUGGAGCAUCUCCGAGCAGUGACUCCAACUGUUGGUUCAGCCCUUAUGUGGCUUGCAGUGGAGGCCUGGAUGGGGUGACCCUCUUCUUUCUCUUUCUGUUGUUUUGUUUGUUGCUGGGUGGAGCAGGUUCCUGUUUUCUCCAUAUAAGGAAACAUGGCCAAGUGGGGAUAUUAGGAGUAUUUAGUGGUGGAGGUGGAUCCGGAAGCCCCACUAAAAUAGUGCUGUCAUUGGAUGAUCUGGUCUUCAUCAACACCACACUCAGCAGGAGGAAGCUGAAUGAGGAGAGCAUGAUGAAGAGUCAGCUAGAUGUUAAAACCCCACGUCACUCAGUUUCAGGUCGCAGUUACAUUACGUCAACUCCUGAAACGUCCAAUGUUGCUGUAUUCGAGGGUGAUUGGGUUUGGCUGAAGAAAUGUCCCUGUGGAGGAUCUGUAUCAGAAAUCAGUGACGGCACACAAUCCAUCUUUAUCAAGCUGAGAGACAUGCGUCAUGAGAAUCUGAACCUGUUUCUAGGCCUGUUCAUGGAUUCUGGGAUAUUUGGCAUUGUUACAGAGCAUUGCACCAGAGGCAGUCUGGAAGACCUGCUCAACAAUGAGGAAAUGAGACUGGACUGGAUGUUCAAAUCCUCUCUCCUCCUUGACCUGAUCAGGGGAAUGAAGUACUUGCACAAUCGUGGAAUUAUACAUGGACGUCUGAAGUCAAGGAACUGUGUGGUAGAUGGACGGUUUGUUUUGAAGGUUACAGAUUAUGGCUUCAAUGAGAUCAUCCACAGUCAAAACAUCAUCAUGGAGGACAACAAACCUGAGGAUCAGUUAUGGACAGCUCCAGAGAUGCUACGGAAUCCUCGGCUGCAGAAGAAGGGCACCUAUUCAGCAGAUGUUUACAGCUUUUCUAUUAUCAUGCAGGAGGUGAUCUCUCGCUGUGCACCUUUUUGCAUGUUGGACAUGCCUCCUGAAGAGAUCAUAGAUAAGGUGCGCUCUCCUCCUCCAUUGUGUCGACCAACUGUGUCUGUGGAUGAAGCUCCGCUGGAGGUUAUUCAGAUCAUGAAGCAGGCCUGGAGCGAAGACCCUGACCAGAGGCCCACAUUUGAGGAGAUCUUCAGACAGUUCAAGAACUUGAACAAGGGAAAGAAGACAAAUAUAAUUGACUCAAUGUUACGGAUGCUGGAGCAGUACUCCACUAAUCUGGAGGAUCUGAUCCGAGAGAGGACUGAAGAACUAGAGGUAGAGCGACAAAAAACUGAUGCUCUCUUAGCCCAGAUGUUGCCCAAGUCUGUGGCCCUGGCAUUAAAGACAGGGAAGCCAGUGAAACCAGAGCACUUUUCAGAUGUGACACUGUAUUUCAGUGAUAUUGUAGGCUUCACAACCAUCUCUGCUCUGAGUGAACCUAUUGAGGUGGUCGAUCUCCUUAACGACCUUUACAUACUCUUUGAUGGAAUCAUCGCUAUCCAUGAUGUCUACAAGGUAGAGACUAUUGGUGAUGCGUACAUGGUGGCAUCAGGGGUCCCGAACCGUAACGGUACCCGACACGCAGCAGAGAUGGCCAAUAUGUCUCUGGAUAUUCUCCACUGCAUUGGAACCUUUCAAAUGAGGCACAUGCCUGACGUCAAAGUCAAAAUCCGCAUUGGACUCCAUUCCGGUCCAGUGGUAGCGGGCGUAGUUGGGUUGAAGAUGCCUCGGUACUGUCUGUUCGGGGACACAGUAAACACAGCUUCCCGAAUGGAAUCCACAGGGCUGCCUUACAGAAUUCAUGUCAACCAGAGUACUGUUGAUGUCCUAAACAGCCUCAAACUUGGCUACAAAAUAGUUACUAGGGGCAGGACAGAGCUUAAGGGUAAAGGUGUAGAGGAAACAUUUUGGCUAGUUGGGAGGGAUGGAUUUGACAAGCCACUACCUAUACCACCAGACCUUACUCCUGGGGCGAGCAACCAUGGUAUCAGCUUGGAUGAGAUUCCGCUGGACAGGCGGCAAAAGUUCCUUGACAGGCAGAAGAAGAUGGGAAACUGAGGUUGUCAUGCUCAUGUUUCUGCACCAACCUAUUGAAUUCAGGAAAUCUCAGCAAGUGGGGAAGGGAGAUGAGAGGGGUUGACUGAGGUUUUAAAUACUUCUCAAAUUCCCUUAUUCCACUUGAUUUAUUGCCCAAAAGAGAGGAAAACUGCACCAGGACAUCUGACAAGCACCUUAAACACUUGUUGCAAUCCAGUCCAUCAAAACCAUCAGCUCAACAAGACAGCAUGUACUAACUGCUAUGGAUUGUCACAGAGGACUUUAAAACUGUGUUGAGUUUAUACAGCAAUUUAUCCAAAACUUAAAUUACUACUAAAGACACUGCUGAGAUAACAGCUCAUCAAAACAUACAAGAAAAUGAGGACAACAGCAAAUCCCUCUUCCAUCUCUGCAGUUAUGUUUCUUUCAGUUAAUCAUCUCCUAAAAAUAGAUUUUUCUUUGUUUAUAAAACAAAAAUUAAAGGAAUUAAUGGUGCUUGUUUAUAAUGCACUGGCACCUGACAAUUUAGUUAUAAUUCAGUGGAAAAAAUGCCAAUAAUAUCCAUGUAUUGAAAUUAUUAAACUACUGAGUUCAUUUUUUUCUAGAAUGUCAGACGUUAAAAACUAGGUGUUAGUUCCAAAACUAAACUAACUUUCACACAUUCUUACAUUUUCUGUUUGAAAAUGGUUUUGUUCAUGUUUAGCAAUGUGGCACUGUUUGGCCUUUAUAGAAUGUGAAAUGCAUUCAAAGCAGUUGUCUUGGCCAAGAAAACAUUCUUCAAAAAAACAAGAUUCCAUUUUAGACAAUUACUUGGACUCAUUUGAGUUGCUUAACUUCAUUUCCCCUUUGAGUUAAGAGUGGCAGAUUAAAAGAAAACUCAAGUGAGUAAACUCAAAUUGUCAUGUUCAAAAUGGCAUUGCACAUACUGAUAUUCAGCUCAUUCCAUGAGUAUUAAUGCUGUUGUUAAACCCUGCAGUCCUAACAUGCAGGCUAUUACCAAAGAGAAAACAUAUCCAAGAUUUAUCCAAAGAUUUUUUUCAGCACUAUUUCACCCAAACAUACACUCAGUAAAAAUAGUAUAUGUGCCAUCCAAAAGAGGGGCACUGUAUAAAAUAAUUUCAUGAGAGAGGGAAUUUUAUUGUGUGGUCUGAAUAUUUUCAUUAACAUAUGAGGGUUUGGCACCUGCGGCUCUCCAGGAUGACACUCUGUCAUCUGAUAUCUCAACCGCAAUCUGUGGGUUAUCAGAUGAAACACCCGGGGAGCCACAGUCACUGUAGGAUGUAGUUGAAUUUCAAUUACAAAUGUCAAAAUUUUAUCUUGUUGUCUGUGAUUGUGUAAAUAAAAGCUGAUUUUAGUGAGA